GUUUUUCAAGGAUUCCCUUGGCUUUGGUGAAGCUGCAACAGUACUAGGGGCAAGUACUGUUUCAGGAUUCUUUGCUUCAGCUUGCAGUUUACCCUUUGAUUAUGUUAAAACACAAAUCCAGAAAAUGCAACCUGAUGCUGAGGGAAAAUAUCCAUACAGUGGCUCUACGGAUUGUGCCUUAAAAACCUUCAAAUCCGGAGGACCAUUCAAAUUUUACACUGGAUUCCCUGUCUAUUGCAUUCGAAUUGCCCCCCAUGUCAUGAUGACUUGGAUAUUUCUCAACCAGAUCCAAAAGAUGGAGAAGAAAGUCGGACUAUAAACCCUGUUCGGUCAAAGGGUCAAUAAAAUUAUCUGUUGGUUCUGUCAUAUUCAUUUUUGCUGGUUUUACAACUUCACACCCUCAGAGCCAAACUGUCUAUCUAGAAAUUUUGAACUGAAUUUGAACAGCAUUGGGAACAAGUUCACCUAUUGUCUUACGGUUAUUGUUAGGGUGUGACUUAAACAGGACAUUAGAGGUACCAUUUGGGUUAGAGAGAGUUACUGAAUUGAAAGACUCGGGGAAAAUAUAAGUAAAAUAAAUUUCUGUGCCCCAGAAGCAAGUAUUUUGGCAUGAAGACUCGUGUAUUCUUCGAGAAUUAAUUCAAAAACCAGGG